AAAAAAAAAAGAAGAAAGUAAGAUAAAAAACAAUAACAACAACAAUAACGAUAGCAAUUUCAAAACCAAAUCCUUCUAGGAGUUAACCACACGAGAAAGGAUUCAUUCCUCUUUUUGGAUUAACCAGAAAUGGAAGAGAAAGGUAUAAGAAAUGAAGAAGUAGGAGGAGGAGUAAGAGAAGGAGGAGAACUUGAACCGAACAUCGAACUCAGUUUUCGCUCGACAUACAAGCAAGACACGUAUUUGCAAGCAUUGAUGUCUCUCUCUCUCUCUCUCUUUUUCUCUUUCUUUCUCUCCCCUUCCUCUCUAUCUCCUUCUAUUCGACUCAUGGAACGUAGUGCGCCAGAGUAUGCCGUGAAUACGAGCGAACGCCUCGUUCUAAUGACCUACUCUUAAUACAUCCAAUGUAUGAGUGCCGUUCUAGCACGAAAGAGAAGUCCCAAGCUGCAGAGAGCUCUUGCGAGCGGCAAAACUUAAGUUCAGUCAUCGACCGACCGGUUUCCUGUUUCGAGUACCGUCGAGGUCCCUUGUCACUGACUCUGAUUCACCGUUCGCCGAUGCGAGGAGAACAGUGUCGCGAGAAAGCAGGGUCCUCGAUUCGAUCAUACAGACGAGGCCACCUCUCGCUUAAAAGAUGCGUUUCGUGAUUUUUGCAUCAAUUUGUCUUUUGACAUUAGUCGUAAGACGAGUAUCAUCUCAUGGAAGACUAAUAGAACCACCUUCAAGGGCAUCUAUGUGGAGAUACGGUUUCGACACUCCCCAUGAUUACAAUGAUCACGAGUGCUAUUGCGGUGGCUUCACUAGACAGUGGCAACGAAAUAAAGGGAAAUGUGGAAUUUGCGGAGAUCCUUGGGACUCGUCUACCCCACGUUUGCACGAAACUGGUGGAAAGUAUGGAAAUGGGGUGAUCGUUCGAAGAUAUCGAACUAGUUCCGUUAUACCGGUACGCGUCGAGUUAACAGCAAAUCAUCAUGGUUAUUUUGAAUUUCGCACGUGUCCGAUGAUCUACCGCGACAAGGAAGUUACCCAGGAAUGUUUGGACAAGUAUCUUCUACGUGGAGAAAAUCGAACCGCAAGAUAUUAUCCUGGUCCUGGUAACAAAAUAUUCGAAGGAUAUUAUAAAUUACCAGAAGGAUUGACUUGUAGACAAUGCGUUUUUCAAUGGAGAUAUAUAGCUGGCAAUAAUUGGGGUGAUUGUGGAAAUGGAACAGGAGCUGUAGGAUGCGGACCACAAGAAGAAUUCCGAGCAUGUGCCGAUAUCGCUAUCGGUGACAAUGAAACUUUAUCGUUACCAGAUCUUCCAAAAGUGCCAACAGAAAGUACACCUACGGAUACGUCGACGGAGGAACCAACUUCGAUACCAAUAUCAGCACCUUCAUGGUUAUUCAGUAUUAUCAUCGCUGGUACGUGUCUUUUAGUGGUGCUGGCUGCUAUGGCACUGCUUUACACGUACUAUUACCACGCUGGUAGAGCCAAAAAAUGGCUUUUGCAAAGAAGACUUCUGACACCAGAGAAUCCACCUGUGGCUCCACCAAGACACAAGAAAUGUCACAUCUCUAAUGCACAAUUGCAAAUGUAA